AAAUUAAGAAGCCACCAGUGGCCCCUAAACCAAAAUUUGUGGUAGGACACAAGGCGACGCCUCCACCUGUUGCACCGAAGCCUGAUCUUGUACUUUCUGGUGUUAUACAAGCAGCAAGGAAAACCAAGCCAGCAAUUGCACCAAAACCAAAGGUUCUCAAGAGCUCAUCUGUUCCAGAAGUUAAACCUCCAUCAUGUACACAAAAAAGCACAAAAAGCUUUGAGGAGCACAGGGGUGAUUCUUCUCAAACACUAGACCACUUGAACUACAAAAAUGAAGUCUCAGAAGGGAGUACUAGUAACACAGCAUAUAUUCUACCAAUGUCAUCUUGCAAAUUUGAAUGCCUUCAUAAGCUUGGAAAUGGGGACAAUGCCUGUAAAACUCAGAUAAUUUUUGAGCACUUUGAAAACUUGGAGAACAUCAAAGUCAAUGAAAAAACUGCACUGGGGGAUAGUCACAAUGAAAAGUUGGCAAAUAGAAAUCAGGUGGUUUUGAAAGCCAGCAUUUUGGAAGAGAAACUUAAGGAUGUGCUAACUCAUAGUGUAUUUCCUAACAGCAGUCCUGUGAGGCACAGGUAUGCAGACAAACUUGACAAAGCGGAUGGCAGCAGUUCCAAGAAUGAUGUUAAAAUAGAGUUUGUGGAACUUGUACAGUCUUCGUCAUCUUCUGAGGUAGCUAAAGGGAAGCAACAAAAUAAUGACAGUAAGCUCACUGCUGAUGAGUUUCAGACGUCUAAAAUUUGUCCUAGUUUGACUGAAAAUAACCACAGUUGCUCUUGCCCAUUGGACCAGGAAAUCCUGGAAAAUGAAAAUUUAAGUAGCAAUAGUACAUUUUCAGGGGAAAUGGGUAUGAAAGUAGAUGCUGAUAAAACCUCCUCCAAAACGCUUUCAGUCCUGACCUCAAAAGUGCUUCCUGUCCCUAAGCCAAGAAAGCCACGUGCUGCUUGUCUAGUCCGUCAGGAUGGCAUAGACUCCACAGGAGAGGGAACAAAGGAAUCAUCUAAUUCAGAGAAAGAUUCCUUUGGGCUUGUGGAACAAAGCUUUAAAAAGCCCGCAAAAAUUAAUAUCCUUGGUCAAAGUGUUUGUUAUAACAAUACAGAAAUGCUUCAUCCUGAAAAAUGUGAGGUAACUCAAAGCAAUGCAGACAAAAGGCAUCGGGUGAAGGAAUCUGCUACAGAAGAGUCAACGUCACAAAAUCUUUUGCCUCAGUUGUCACACAAAAUGUCUGAUUUGGUGGAAAGUGUUGAAUGUUCUUUAGAUGCAGACCAUAACUUAACUAAUGCCAUGGAUGAGAUGACAGAUGAUGCCAGUAUGCUAGAUGCUGUGGACAAAAGGACUAACUUUGUCAGAUGUGAUACUUUGUCCAUGAGUUUGCCAAAGCAACUCAAAUUAACUGACACUCAGCACUCAUCUGCUUCCAGUAGCCUACAUGUUUCCCCACAAAUAUUGGAAGAUAAAGAAGUUAAAACAAAGGAUGAAAGUUCUCCAAGAAUUGUUCCUAAGAAACCACAGAGGCACACCCUACCAGCUGCUGGCCUGCUGAAAAAAGCUGCAUCAGCAGAGCUUGUAGAGAAAAGUUCUUACACCUCCAGUGAGGACAAAUUAAACAGUGCUCUGGAAGGAUCUUGCUUCACGUGUCCACCAGCCAAGGAACAAGGCCCACUGUCAUCCUGUGAUGUACCCAAACGUUCUUCUGAGAAACCUGUCUGGAAGUUACCUCAUCCUAUUCUUCCAUUUUCAGGAAAUUCUGAAUCAUUAAAAACUGCUAACAUUGCUACUAGCUUCAACCACUUGACUGUUGUGACAAAGCCUAGGGCCAAAUCUCUCUCUUCUGUGGACAUGGAUAGGACAGACAAGCCUUGCAAAGACCAUCAGAAGAAAAAUAGCUUGAAAAAGUUUCUCAACAUGAAACUGUCAGUUUGCUUAAUGAAAAGCGACUUCCAAAAAUUUCUGUCUAAAGGCAGCCAGUCAGUGGAUAGUACUAUUGCCAGCCUUUCUGCUGGGGAUGGGUAUGGAAUUGGUAGCAACCGGAAUAUAGCAUCUGUAGGCAAUGAAAGGAAAGCUAAGUCUGCCAAGGCACAUUCUGUAGAAAUAAAUAGUCCAGCGUUACAAAAGAAGAGACAGAGAAACAGAAGUCAGCCUGAGAUGCGAAGUAACCAAGGGCUGGAGUCUUUUGGCGGGCAUGUACUGUUGGGAGAGAACUUGUCACAACUGCAUUUGAAUUCUGUAACCAGCACUUGUGCUCCAGAGUAUGAGAACGUGCGUCACUAUGAGGAAAUACCUGAGUAUGAGAACUUGCCUUUUGCUGUGGGUGCUGGGAGAAAUCUCUGUUUUGAAUGUCAGAACUCCAGCAGCGUGGAAGACCAGAGCCCUGGCUUCUAUGAGGUUGAGGAGCCUUGUGAAGCUACAAGCAGGCGUUUGAGACUUGGCAGGUCCUUAGAAGAACACCAUGAUCAUGUGGUAAUGGGAGAUCUUCAGUCAGAUGAAGAAGAUAUCAUGAACAGUUCUGAUGAAGAUGAUGACACAAAUUCUGAUUCCAGCAAAGGGGAGCCUGAUCCUCAAGAAUAUAAACAGAGUAAGGCAGCUGGAAAGAAAACAAAGGUUUACCAUAUUGCCAAGGAGAUCAUGAGCUCAGAGAAAGUGUUUGUGGAUGUGCUAAAGCUCUUACACAUU